CGGCAGAAGGCGCUCUCAGGAUUGCUGCCACAUCUCGGUACACCUUGUACAAUAAGCGCGUGGUGACUUUUAACCACUCCGACUUGGAUAAAUAUUAACCAGUUGAAAAAAUGGCGCAGCAAGACAGCAAGAAGAUAUUUUUUGAGAACCUGUCGGGAGCAGGGAAAGCCAUCGCUGUGCUCACGAGCGGAGGAGAUGCUCAAGGAAUGAAUGCUGCUGUACGAGCUGUGGUCCGAAUGGGGCUGUACGUGGGGGCGAAAGUUUAUUUUAUUAAAGAGGGAUAUCAGGGUAUGGUGGAUGGAGGAGACAACAUAAGAGAGGCAACGUGGGAAAGUGUCUCCAGCAUGCUACAAGUGGGUGGUACUGUCAUCGGCAGCGCCCGCUGCAAAGACUUUCGAAGCCACGAGGGCCGUCUGAAGGCGGCUCACAACCUGGUGCAGCGCGGCAUCACCAACCUGUGCGUAAUCGGAGGAGACGGCAGUCUGACGGGAGCCAACCUCUUCAGGGAGGAGUGGAGCGGUCUGCUCACAGAGCUGGUGGAGCAAGGACUGAUCGAAGCCGACGCCGUGCAGAAGUACUCGGCCCUGCACAUCGUUGGAAUGGUCGGCUCCAUCGAUAAUGACUUCUGUGGGACGGACAUGACCAUCGGCACCGACUCUGCUCUGCACAGAAUCAUCGAGGUGGUAGAUGCCAUCAUGACGACUGCACAGAGCCAUCAAAGGACCUUUGUGUUGGAGGUCAUGGGCAGACACUGUGGUUACCUGGCCUUGGUGAGCGCUCUGGCUUGUGGUGCCGACUGGGUGUUGAUCCCUGAAAUGCCUCCAGAGGAUGGCUGGGAAGACAAGAUGUGUCAGAAACUAUCAGCGAACCGCGCAGGGAUGAAAAGGCUGAAUAUCAUAAUUGUCGCCGAAGGGGCGAUUGAUCGUAACAACAAACCCAUUACAACUGACUAUAUUAAGGAUCUUGUUGUGAAAAACUUGGGCUUCGACACACGCGUCACCAUCUUGGGGCAUGUGCAGAGAGGAGGAACGCCGUCUGCUUUUGACCGCAUCUUGGCCAGCCGUAUGGGUGUGGAGGCCGUCCUCGCCCUCCUGGAGACCACUGCCAACACGCCGGCCUGUGUCGUCUCUCUGUGCGGGAACCAGUCGGUGCGCGUGCCUCUGAUGGAGUGUGUGCAGACGACUCAAGAGGUCCAGAAGGCCAUGGACCAGAAACGGUUCGAGGAGGCGGUUAAGCUCCGGGGCAGGAGCUUUGAAAACAACCUGAGGACGUACAAACUGCUGGCUCACCGUAAACCAGAGUCUGAACUGCCCGUCAGCAACUUUAACGUGGCGGUGCUGAACGUCGGAGCCCCCGCCGCAGGCAUGAACGCCGCCGUCCGUUCAGCCGUCAGGGUGGGAAUUUCUGAGGGCCACAAGAUGUUUGCCGUAAGCGACGGAUUUGAAGGAUUUUAUAAAGGACAGAUUAAGGAGAUCAAAUGGGGCGAUGUUGGAGGCUGGACGGGGCAGGGCGGCUCCUUGUUAGGAACCAAAAGGACGCUUCCUGCAAAGCAUGUUGACAAAAUUGCUGAGCAGAUGCGAAAGCACAAUAUAAAUGCUCUGCUGGUAAUUGGCGGAUUUGAGGCGAUAGAGUGUCUGCUGCAGCUUUAUGAGGCCCGUGCUACCUUUGAGGAGUUUUGCAUCCCGAUGUGUAUGCUGCCUGCCACCAUAAGUAACAAUGUACCCGGCACAGAUCUAACUAUCGGGGCAGACACGGCCCUGAAUGCUAUCGUGGAGACCUGCGACCGCAUCAAGCAGUCUGCCAGCGGGACCAAGAGGCGCGUCUUCAUCAUCGAGACCAUGGGAGGCUACUGUGGCUACCUGGCUACUGUGGGAGGGCUGGCCGCAGGGGCGGACGCAGCCUAUAUCUACGAGGAGCCGUUCGACAUCAGAGAUCUCCAGGCUAAUGUUGAGCAUCUGACAGAGAAAAUGAAGACCAGCAUUCAAAGAGGACUGGUGCUCCGGAAUGAGAACUGCAACGUGAACUACACGACGGACUUCAUCUACCAGCUGUAUACGGAGGAGGGCAGGGGGGUGUUCGACUGCAGGAAGAAUGUGCUGGGACACAUGCAGCAGGGAGGAGCGCCGUCCCCGUUUGAUCGCAACUUCGGGACCAAGAUCUCGGCCAAAGCCAUGCAGUGGCUUUCCCAAAAGCUGGUGGAGACGUACAGGAAAGACGAAGGCCGAGUUUUUGCCAACAGCGAGGACUCCUGCUGUCUGCUCGGGAUGCGCGCCAGGGCUCUGGUCUUCCAGCCUGUUGUGCGGCUGAAGGAUGAAACCGACUUUGUUCACAGGAUCCCCAAAGAGCAGUGGUGGCUGAAGCUGCGUCCUCUGAUGAAGAUCUUGGCCAAGUACAAGACGAGCUACGACGUGUCCGACUCGGGACAGGUCGAGCACGUCAUCCACAGCCGACCCAAAGAUUCCGACGCUUCGGUCGCCAUGUGAGGGAGCACGCCGCGCGGCGUCACAGGAAGUCCAGCCCGUGUGUGUGAGACUAGCAAGUUCGAGCUGUUAGUCCAGAUGUUGUAGUGGAGAACCCAGUGAAGCGCUGACGUCGUUUGGCCUCAUGUUGUGUUCAUUUCCUGUUUCUGUCAUCCCUCCUCCUCCAUCCUCCAGUUUCAAUUGUUCCCAUCUGAUCAUGACUGACGACUUUUAACCCCCACAGCACUCCUACUGUUACAUUCACAGCAGUCUUGCCAUGCAAAUGCGUGUUCUCGUCGCCCUGGUCGUUUAGUGUCGUUGUUGUUUUUAAAUUGCACUUUUCUCUGUCUCAUGUUGCAUAGACAGGCUCUGAUCGCAGAGCUGCACCAGGACAGAAUAGACACUUUAUCUGCAGUAAAAACCAGAGCGUGUGUCUGCCUAGCACAAGCGCGGGGUUCAGCAUAUUUAUGAGUCUGAUGCAACACCGUUCUACUGCUGCAGGUCAACUGUGUGCUGUGCUUUACACAGAGAUCUAAUAUUUAUAUUCUUAACAUUGUUUAUUUUGCUUGUAAACAUAGUUAUAUUAAUUAUUGUACUGUAGGCAAUGCUGUAAUGAGUAGUUGUCUGUCAUUGAUCCAAAAUCUAGAUGUGUACGAGAGCAAAGUUUACCAGAGAAUAAAAAAAUCAGACUUCA